AUGGACGACUGGCAAAAUCAUCUCCUUUCGUCUUCGAUGGAUGAAAAGCUGAGGCACCACUCUCCAGAGUCAAGUUCCACCUUGCAGGAACCUUCACCGAAGCGCAGCGCUGAAGCUGCAGAAUUCGAUGGCUCUGAUGGAAAAGUAAAUCGAAAAAGAUCGGCCAAAGCAUGCCAGUCAUGCAGGUCACGGAAAGUGAGAUGUAGCGUCAGCGACCACGGCGUUCCGUGCUACAAUUGCAAACUUGAUGACGUCGAAUGUAUAGUCCCAGAACGCAAAAGACCAACACGAACAACCAAGAGGCAGCGUUUCAUUGGCGCAGUGAUAUCCGCAGCGGUUGUGCGUAUGGGCAGAGCUUCUCCUGACAGUGGACUCUCUUCGCCGGGAAGUGUACCUGAAACUAGCCAUGGCGACUGGGACAAGGGAUUCCAAAGAACUCUAUUGUCUUCACCGAAUUCGUCUCAACAAAACGCGACCGAAGAAAACUCGGAAAUUGCGGAUAAUCCACGGCCAUUGUCAGAUCUACCGCCAUGCGACGAUGAAUUAGCUCGAUGGUUCAGCGUGAUGCCUCCCCGAGUAGUGGAUAAGAUGUUCAGUUAUCUUCAAUCCGUCAGCCAAAAUGGAACCCUUGAACCAUAUGGUGAAUCUGACUCGUCACACAGUGACUCAACAAUGCAUUUGCUUCCCUCAGGCUCGAAGCGGAAAAAACGCUACGGUACAAUAUUAUCCCGCCGAAAACCUGUCCGAAACUGUGUGGCUUCCCGGCCUCCAGAAUACCCACCACAGGUAGUCAGAUUGCCAACACGAGAAUCGCCACCACGAGAGUUGCCUCUAUCAUCAACUCAAGAACCAAAUGAAGGAAGAACGCUAAUCCAACAUUUGCGAGAUGACAACGCUGCUACGUGCAGCAAAGAGAAGGAUCUAGAGGAAGCUAUCCACAGAAGCGAUAGCCAAUUGACUAAAAAACAGUCUCGACAAUCGGGAGAUAAACACUCGCUAGACACGUGUAGGGAGCCUUCUUCUGAUCUAAAUACCAAAGCAACCUCCGUCCUUACCCCGCCUCCUGAGCAUUAUUGUGCUUCGGCUAUGAGCAUGCAGGCCUUUCAACAACUCGAAGCUCUACCCACGAGCACCCACAAAGAACCAUAUCCAAACCAGCCAACUACAAAGGGAGGAACACAGCAAGAGACACUGGUUGCUGGAAACGGUGGACUCGGGGGCGAAUUUCAGAGUAACUUUGAUUCCAUGAUUAAUUUAUGGGUUGGGGAUGCAUUCGACGUUUCAACAUUCCAGUUAUGA